CAGUAUUACCGAGGUAGGGUAACACUGGCUAGCUAAAUCACACAUUUCUGGGAAAUGGAAAAUAUGAGCAAACAUGAGAUGUCAUUCUGUGUGGGGGUGUUGCAAGUAACUUCAAAUAACAGGAAAUGAGUAUAGCUUGGAGAGACGGGGCCAUUUACAGACCAUAUGAAAUGUGGAGCGGUUUGACAAGAACGAAAACAACAAAGUUACACAAAAAAUGCGAGCAAAGAGGAUACACAGGACAUGGAUUUAUACUGUGGUCAUCCUCAUGUUCGAAGCAUGGUCUCAAGGUUCAGGAACUACUGAAGACACCUCUGGGAACUCGAAUGCAUUUCUCCUGCUAACUGAUGUUAACAGAGAGGCAGCGUUCAAUCUGGGGACCAACGUCAACCUGACUUGCACUAAUAAAACGUGGGCUGACAUAUUAUUUAUAAUCUGGGAUGUAAACUUGAAAAACAAAAACUGCAGGCUCUCCGUUAUAAAUGACGGCAAAGACAUUGACUCCUGCAACGAUGGAAAAUCUAUCCGACAGACUUCCACCGGCCAUUUGUACCUGCACAUCCCAAACCUCUCAGCUGAUGAUGUUGGGGUCUACAGGUGUGAGUCGGUUUACUCUGGAGGAAUUGAAAAUUAUAACAUCCAAGUGGAUGUAACAGCUCCUCCUGGUUUAUCUGCCUGGUUAGAGCGAAGGGACAACAAGAUGGUGGCAGUGUGCCGAGCUGAAAGAGGAACACCAGCUGCCAACUUAAGCUGGAGUUAUAGAGGCAGUUCGGAGCCUGCAGUGAAAACUCAGCUUGACACAGAAGGAUUCAUAACAGUAGAGAGUCACCUGGAGAUCCUGGAGGACUUUGAUCCAGAAGAUCUGACUUGUACAGUCCAGCACCUCUCCUGGGAGCAGGAAAAGAUUCUGGUACCAAAACCAAGAGAAGAAAAUUAUUCUUUUCUAUUGUGGAUACGUGCUGCAUUGGUGAUCAUUUUAAUUUUUUCAGGAUGCUUCCUUUUAGCACUCAAGAAGUGCCAUCGUCCUCUAUAAAACACGCCACAACCAAAAAUACCCAAGUAUCUUAGUUGUCAGCUUGACUUGGACAGCGUCAGAAACAGGAAAAAGACAGCAGCCAAGUAUUAUCGUUUGAAGAAGAUCUUGGAACAGCUAUCAUCACUUGCAGGUCAGCAGAUACAGCCCAGUCAAUCUUUUCCUGACCCUGAGUACAACAUUUGAAUAGCGAUUUAUUUAUUUUAUUCUCAUGGUGUAAA